AUGACCGCAGUCAGAGGCCGAGUGAGGGCAUGCCGCCUCGCGGACACCUACUCGCACACCCGCUUCCACCUCGCUCUCCGCACCAAGACGCAGCCGUCGACAUACCACCGACUCCUGCUGUUCCGUGUCAACAACGUCUACGAUACCAAUAAUCCUGAAGCCGAUAUCUCCGAUUCCAAGGAGGCUGUGGAGAAGGAGGCGCCGUGUCCUACCCUCGCCACCGUCCAGAACCCCGGUUCGGACAAGCCCGAGUUGUACUGCAUGGAGGAGACUUGCCCGCAUCUUGGCGCCCCUCUCAGCCAUGCCGAGAUUGAGAUUGACGACAUUGAGGACACUCGUGCAGUUGGUGAGCUAGAAGAUGAGUUCCAUAGAGCUGAUCUCCCAGUUUGCCCUUGGCACCAGUACGAUUUCGCUACGGGACUGAAGACUUGCACAUACAACGUCGAGGUGAUUGGAAAGGGCGAUGAUGCCGAGGUGUGGGUCGACGCUCCGCACAAUGAUGGUGGCCAUGAAUGGGAGGUUGUGGAGUUCCGCGGAGUCAGCGAAGAGUUCGCUGACCCGCCGAUCCCUUCGCUCAAGGACCUCAAUCUGGGUGAUGGCCCGAUCCCUUCCACCGUGCCCGGCCAGCCGCAGCUCGAGCUGCCAUCUGAGCUCCCGACAUCUCUCCUUGGCUUCGCCCAUCUCGUUCUUGCCACUGCUGAUCCCGACCUGAAGUGCAUCCUCACGAAGGAGGGCGUUCAGCGCAUGCGUGCUGGCAAGCUGAAGUCGAUUCGCCCCACCAAGGGCGAGAUUAAGCGCAUUCGUGAGACGGUCGGGCUCCUGGACGAGCCGCCGCGCUUCGCUACCAUCGUCCCGCCCAACAAGCGAGGCAAGCUUGGCCGAGGUGGAACAGAAAAAUCGCGAAUCAAGAUGCUUCAUGCUCUCGCGAACAUCGAGCAGUACGCGAUCGACCUUGCGUGGGACAUCAUCGCGCGCUUCGCCGAGUUUGAGAUUGAGGGAGAGCGCCUGCCGGUCGAGUACUUCCUCGACUGGGCCAAGGUCGCGGAGGACGAGGCGAAGCACUUCUCUCUGCUGAACAAGCGGCUCAGGGAGAUGGGAUCCUACUUUGGCUCGCAGACUGUGCACGCUGGUCUUUGGAAGUCGGCGAUGGAGACGGCCGACUCCCUCCUGUCGCGAAUUGCGAUCAUUCACCUCGUCGCUGAGGCACGAGGAGUCGACAUGAACCCGUUGAGAUGA